UCCGCGUCCAGCGAGCCGCGCGGGCCAUGGAGCCGGUGUCGCUGCAGGACUUCGUGUGCGCCCUGGACCCCGCUUCCCUCCCGCGCGUGCUGCGGGUCUGCUCGGGGGUCUACUUCCAGGGCUCCAUCUACGAGAUCUCUGGGAACGAGUGCUGCCUCUCCACAGGAGACUUGAUCAAGGUCACCCAUAUUCGCCUCCAAAAGGUGGUCUGUGAGAACCCGGGGACAGGCCAGACCACCGAGCUCGCUCCCAAUUUCCAGGGCCACUUCAGCCCCCUCACCGGCCGCCAGAGCUAUGGAACCCUGGAGGAGCUGGUCUAUGCUGCAACCCAGAGCUCCAAGUCACUGCCCAUUCACUUCAUGUCGACCCACAGAAUCGCCACCAAGGCCAGGGUGGUGCCUCAAAAGCAGCCCCUCAAGCUGGAGGCCGUGGAGAUGCACCAGGGGGCCUGCUGUGCCCGCUGUGUGCUGGACUCUGGGGCCCAGCAGGUCUUUCUGCACCUGCCCUUGUCCCAGCAGGGGCCCUUCUGGAAACUGGAGCCCGGGCCCCCUCGGACCCUGCUCCAGGUACUGCAGGACCCCACCAUGAGGGACACCCUCCUCACCUGCUCCGCCUUCCCCUGGCGCUCCCUGAUCUUGAAGCCCCAGUAUGAGGUCGAAGCCAUCAUGCACUUGCGCAGGACCGUCGUCAAGAUCCCCUCCACCCUGGAGGUCGACGUGGAGGACGUCACCGUCUCCUCGCAGCACAUUCACUUCAUACAACCGCUGCUGCUGAGCGAGGCCCUGGCCCGGGGAGGCCCCUUCCCCCUGGCCACAGAGAUCCUGGAAGUUCCGCAGGGGUCCCCCAACUUCCUCAGCCCGUGGCUGCGCUCCUUACAUAAGGGCCAGAGGCUCUGCCUCCGUGGCGUGGCUUCGCCGCCCUGGCGGUUCCUGGCCUCGACCAGGGGCCGGAAGGUGCCCAGACACUUCAUGAUCUCCGGGGCCUACCGGGGCAAGCUGCGGCGGCGGCCGAGAGAGUUCCCCACGGCCUACGACCUCCUGGGUGCUCUCCAGCCGGGCCAGCCGCUCCGGGUCGUGACCACAAAGGACUGUGAGGGAGAUGAGCUGGAGAACCUGGGGUUUGCGUCCCUGGCUGUGGGUGACAGGCUGGAGGUGCUGGGGUCUGGCCAGGCCCUUGGGCAACACGAGAGGGACCUAGAUGUCUUGGUGUGUCAGCGGCUAGGUGAGCAGACUGGGGAGGAAGAGGCUUGGGAGGAUGAAGAGGUGCAGGACCAAGAACAGAUUCUUUUGCCCCUCUACUUCUCUGGCGGCUUUGUGGAGGAGCUGAGCGAUGCCCGGCGCUACAGCCUGCAGGACCUGACUGCCCAGUUCUCACUGCCCUGUGAGGUCAAGGUGGUGGCCAAGGACCCCAGGCACCCCGCCGACCCUCUGCCCUCCUUCCCGGGCCUGCAGCUGGAAGAGAAGAUCCUGGAACCCUUCUUGGUGGUCAGCCUGGACUCCGACCCCGAGAUGUGCUUUGAGAUCCCUCCCCGGUGGCUGGACCUGACUGUCGUGGAGGUCGAGGAGCUGCCGGGCCAGCCAUCUGGGGCCCUCCCCACGGCCACAGUGGAGGAGCUGACGGAGGCCUUCUACUAUAGCCUGCGGAAGCUACCAGCCUUCGAGAGUCAAGCUCCCCCGCCCAGGCCGCCAAAGAGUAAGGGCCUCAGUGAGCAGAAGCAGCAGAUGCACAAGGAGAAAGGCUUCAAGUCCUCUCAAGUCUCAGAAUUGCAGGAACCACCUCUGCUGCCUAAACUCAGGACGAAGUCCUUGCCGAAGGUCACCCAGGACAGCUCUGAUUUAUACAGUGAGGUUCCUGGCCGCAAGAAGGGCCGCAGGACCGCUGUGCCCAUCACUGAAGAUUCAGAUGAUGAACACGAUUACGAAGAAAUACUUGAGCAGUUUUCGAAAACCCUCUAGGCGCGGGAGGAAGCUUACGUCCUAACUGCUGCUUCUCAGGGAAUCUGAGAUACCAGCUGACAGUUACAGGCUUUUAGAGGACCUUGGACAAGACCUCUCAGAAAUCAGACUGUGGACAAGGAAUGGCCGUCUGGGGACUGACUGGAAACCUGCACCAGCUCCCCGCAGUUCCAGGUUCCUGCCGCCCAGAGCUGGCUUCUCUGGGCCCAGCAUCUUGCAUUCGGCUCUCUCAGCCUCAGAGCUUUGGUAUCAAGUAGCCGACUGAGUUCUACUCAAUCCUGCAUCCGCAAUACCAGCCGCCCCACUAGUUAGUGCAGGAAUGAAUCCAAGAGACUGCCCACCUUGAUGCUGGCAGCACAGUGCCUCCUGCCUCUGGGGACUCAAUCCUGACCACACGCUGCAGUGGGAGUUUUUUUAAAACAUGUACCACCCCUGAUCCACUCUCGUCUCCCCCUCCCCAUCCCCGGCUCUGAGCCUCUGAGGGACCAGGACUGUCUUCCUCCACGAACAGCUAGAGGUGACUAUCCAGUAGUAUUUUAUAAAACCAGAGAGUAAAAAUUACAUCUGAGCUUCUAGAAGAAUGAUAAUCAUGAUCACUUAUUAAGUUGCAUCUGUGUGCCAGACUCUUUACAAGCCCUAUCUAAACUCUCAACUCUCUGAGGUAGACAAUGGCAGGAUUGUCAGCAGAGGACAGGAUAGACAAGUAGAUGGUAGGAGUCUCCAGCUGAGGUGGGAGCUGAAUCAAGGGUCCAGUUUCCACUCCUGGAUUCUAGGUAUUACACCUGAGUGUCCUUCCUUUGCCUGCUACCAUCCCUCCGGUGCUCUGGACCCAUGCCACACCCCAGCACGGAGCUCUCCAGGUGACCACUGCGUGGUGACUAUCGCUGCUGGGCCAGUCUCCAUCCAGUACCUGGCAUUCAUCCUUGUCUUCACGCCAGUUCCCAUGCCCUCCUCCGCAGACACAGUCUCUACUACACAGCGGACCCUGAGGAAGAGAGCACUCUGGGAAAAGCAGUAAGCAAAAAAUAGUUGCUCCUGGGUACAGAACCCCUAGGCGUCAGGACCACAUGCAAAAUGGCAAGUUUUCACCUUCAUGUCCGCACUGGAUUUUGGCACCAAACUGAGUAAGGUCACAAAAGGGAGGCAGAGGAGAGGACCACCAGUUUCCACAAAAGGGGAUUUCUGAGUGGCCAAAUGCUACCAUGAGGAGAAAGGCAGUGAUUUCCCAGCAGGAAAAGCUGGGCUUACAAGGAAAACAUGCUUGAAAACCACACUGAAUGUCUUACCAGAGCAACGGGGGCAGGCAGGGAACGGACCAAAGGCAGACACCACCCUCAGGGUGCUUGCGUCUUCUUCGCUCCAUGAUAAACCACAGGGCAGGGGGAGGGUAUUAUAAUGAGGUUAGAGUCCCCCCACCCCCCGGCUGAUCUCCAAAGUGAGCGCACAUGAUGACUGACUGGGAAACAAGAGAAUUACAGCUGACCCUGGAACAAGGGGGUUAGUGUGCUCACCACCCCCAGUCAAAAAAUCCUCAGAUAACUUUACAGCUGGUCCUCUGUACAUGCAGAUUCAACCAACUGUGGAUUGUGUAGUUAUGUACUUACUGAAAAAAAUCUGAGUAUAAGUGGACCCACACAGUUCAAACUGUGAUGUUCUGUAUUAGUAACCCUUCAUAUUUAUUUUUAAUAUCCUUUUUCAUUUUAAAUUUUUGAAUGUUUUAUAAUAUACAUAACAAACUAACAUAGUAACAGAUAUAAAUAACUGUUGAAUAAAGGAAUGUAACUUGGAGGUGCAUGCUC